GCUUUCUGGAGUUCCCUCCCACAUCUGGAUACUGCAGGCACCGAGAAGGUAAAACAAGCGAAGCACAGCCGCACCGCUGGCGGGGCCGAAGAGGGCGAACAGUGAGCCAAAGCCUGGAAAAACCUUUCGGCGGGGACAUGGCUCUGAGCUCAGCCUGGUGCUCACUUCUGCCUCUGGGGCUCCUCUGGGGCGCUGUCUGCUCCAGCCCGGCAUCUGGGGACGACAAUGCUUUUGCUUUUGACAUUGAAGGGAGCUCAGCCAUAGGCAGACAAGACCCGUCUGAGACCAGCGAGCCCCACUCUGCUCCCGGAAACCUGCCGCCUGCCGCUGAGAAGUGUGGCCCUGGCUUGUUCCGUGCCCACUCAGGAGAUUGCCUGCCCUGCAGCUGUAAUGGUAAUUCCAACGAGUGCUUGGAUGGCUCCGGAUUCUGUGUGCACUGCCAGCGGAACACAACUGGAGAGCACUGUGAGAAAUGUCUAAAUGGUUUUAUUGGAGAUUCUAUUAGGGGCACACCCCGGUUCUGUCAGCCAUGCCCCUGUCCCCUGCCCUACAUGGCCAAUUUUGCAGAAUCCUGUUACAGAAAAAAUGGAGCUGUUCGGUGUAUUUGCAAUGAAAACUAUGCUGGACCUAACUGCGAAAGAUGUGCUCCCGGUUACUAUGGUAACCCCUUGCUGAUCGGAAGCACCUGUAAGAAAUGUGACUGCAGUGGAAAUUCAGAUCCCAACCUAAUCUUUGAAGACUGUGAUGAGGUCACCGGCCAGUGCAGGAAUUGUCUCCGCAACACAACCGGAUUCAAGUGUGAACGCUGUGCCCCUGGUUACUAUGGGGAUGCCAGGAUAGCCAAGAACUGUGCAGUGUGCAAUUGUGGGGGAGGCCCGUGUGACAGUGUAACCGGAGAAUGCUUGGAGGAAGGUUUUGAAGCCCGUACAGGCAUGGACUGCCCAACCAUAAGCUGUGAUAAAUGCAUCUGGGAUCUGACUGAUGACCUUCGGUUGGCGGCACUCUCCAUUGAAGAAAGCAAGUCGGGUCUGCUGAGUGUGUCAUCUGGUGCUGCUGCUCAUAGGCAUGUGAAUGAAAUCAACUCCACCAUCUACCGCCUCAAAACAAAAUUGUCAGAAAGAGAAAACCAGUAUGUCCUAAGAAAGAUACAAAUCAACAAUGCUGAGAACACAAUAAAAAGCCUUCUGUCUGACGUGGAGGAAUUAGCUAAAAAGGAAAUUCAAAGCUCAAGAAAGGGUCAACUGGCUCAGAAGGAAAGCAUGGAUACCAUUAACCAUGCCACUCAGCUUGUAGAGCAAGCCCAUCAUAUGAGAGAUAAAAUCCAAGAGAUCAAUCAGAAGAUGCUCUAUUAUGGAGAGAAGCAGGAACUUAGCUCUGAGGAAAUCUCUGAGAAGCUGGUGUUGUCUCAGAAGAUGCUAGAGGAGAUUAGACACCGUGAACUAUUCUACACCCAACGGGAGCUUGUGGAUGAGGAGGCAGAUGAAGCCCAUGAAUUGUUGAGCCAGGCUGAGAGUUGGCAGCGACUCUACAAUGACACUCGCUCUCUGUUUCCUGUUGUUCUGGAGCAACUGGAUGACUACAAUGCUAAGCUGUCAGACCUCCAGGAAUCACUUGACCAGGCCCUUGACCGUAUCCGGGAUGCGGAAGACAUGAACAGGGCUACAGUGGCCAGGCAGCGGGAGCACGAGAAACAAUACGGGAGAGUAGGUGAGCAGGUGGAAGGAGUGAACACUUCUCUGCAGACGUCUUCAGACUCUAUGGAAAUUUCUUAUCUGACCCUAUCAGAAUUUGAUGAUAUAAUAAAGAAUGUAUCAGGGAUUUAUGCUGAAAUAGAUGGAGCCAAAACUGAGCUACAAGGAAAGUUAUCCAACCUGAGUAACCUCAGUCCUGAUUUAGUCCAAGAAGCUAUUGACCAUGCACAAAACCUUCAACAAGAGGCUGAUGAACUGAACAGGAAUUUGCACAGUUCAGAUAUGAAUGGGCUGGUCCAGAAGGCUUUGGAUGCUUCAAAUGUCUAUGAAAAUAUUGCCAAUUAUAUUAGUGAAGCAAGUGAAUCAGCAGAAUUGGCUUUGAACAUCACUGACCGAAUUUACGAUGCUGUGAGUGGGAUUGAUACUCAAAUCAUUUACCACAAAGAUGAAAGCGAGAACCUCCUCCGUCAAGCCAGAGAACUGCAAGCAAGGGCAGAUUCUAGCAAUGAAGAGGCAGUAGCUGACACCACCAGGCGUGUGGGUGGGGCGCUAGCAAGGAAGAGCGCCCUUAAAAACAGAUUAAGUGAUGCCGUCAAGAGGUUACAAGCAGCAGAGAGAGGUGAUGCUCAGCAGCGCCUGGGCCAGGCCAAGCUGACCCUGGAGGAAGCUAACAAGACCACACAGCAAGUCCAAAGUAUCACCGACCCGCUUGCCAGCAAUCUAACCAGCUGGUCACAGAACCUUCAAAGCUUUGACUCCUCUGCUUACAACACCGCUGUGGACUCUGCCAGAGAUGCAGUAAGAAAUCUGUCAGAAGUUGUCCCUCAGCUCCUGGACCAGCUUCGUACAGUCGAGCAGAAGCGGCCUGCAAGCAAUGUUUCUGCCAGCAUCCGGAGGAUCCGAGAACUCAUUGCUCAGACCAGAAGUGUCGCCAGCAAGAUCCAAGUCUCCAUGAUGUUUGAUGGCCAGUCAGCAGUCGAAGUGCACCCCAGAACCAGUUUGGAUGACUUAAAGACCUUCACAUCCCUGAGCCUGUACAUGAAACCUCCUGUGAAGCAGUCAGAACUGACUGGGAUUGCAGAUCAGUUUAUCCUGUACCUCGGAAGCAAAAAUGCCAAAAAAGAAUAUGUGGGUCUUGCAAUCAAAAAUGACAACCUGGUAUACAUUUAUAAUUUGGGAACAAAGGAUGUAGAGAUCCCCCUGGACUCCAAGCCUGUCAGUUCCUGGCCUGCUUACUUCAGCAUUGUCAAGAUUGAAAGGGUAGGAAAACAUGGAAAAGUGUUUUUAACAGUCCCAAGUCUAAGUAGCACUGCAGAGGAGAAGUUUAUUAAAAAGGGGAAGUUUUCAGGAGAUGACUCCUUACUGGACCUAGACCCUGAGGACACUGUGUUUUAUGUUGGUGGGGUACCUUCAAACUUUAAGCUCCCUGGCAGCUUAGACCUGCCUGGCUUCGUUGGCUGCCUGGAAUUGGCCACUUUAAAUAACCAUGUGAUCAGCUUGUACAACUUCAAGCACAUCUAUAAUAUGGAUCCCUCCAAGUCAGUGCCCUGUGCAAGAGAUAAACUGGCCUUCACUCAGAGUCGGGCUGCCAGCUACUUCUUCGAUGGUUCCAGUUAUGCUGUGGUGAGAGAUAUCACAAGGAGAGGGAAAUAUGGUCAGGUGACGCGCUUUGACAUAGAAGUUCGAACACCAGCUGACAAUGGCCUUGUGCUCCUGAUGGUCAAUGGAAGUAUGUUUUUCAGCCUUGAAAUGCGCAAUGGUUAUCUACAUGUAUUCUAUGACUUUGGAUUUAGCAAUGGCCCUGUCCAUCUUGAAGACACAUUGAUGAAAGCUCGUAUAAAUGAUGCAAAAUACCAUGAGAUCUCAAUAAUUUACCACAAUGAUAAGAAAAUGAUUUUGGUAGUUGAUAGACGGCAUGUCAAGAGCAUGGACAAUGAAAAGAUGAAAAUACCCUUUACAGACAUAUACAUAGGAGGGGCUCCCCCAGAAGUCUUACAAUCCAGGACCCUAAAAGUACACCUUCCCCUAGAUAUCAACUUCAGAGGAUGCAUGAAGGGUUUUCAGUUCCAAAGGAAAGAUUUCAAUCUAUUAGAGCAGACAGAAACCCUGGGACUUGGCUAUGGGUGCCCAGAAGACUCUCUUAUAUCUCGCAGAGCAUAUUUUAAUGGACAGAGUUUCAUUGCUUCAACUCAGAAAAUAUCUUUCUUUGAUGGUUUUGAAGGAGGUUUUAAUUUCCGAACAUUACAGCCAAAUGGGUUACUGUUCUAUCAUGCUUCAGGAUCAGACGUGUUCUCCAUCUCGCUGGAUAAUGGCACGGUGCUCAUGGAUGUGAAGGGGAUCAAAGUGCAGUCAUCCGACCGGCAGUACCACGACGGGCUGCCCCACUUGGUCAUCGCCUCUGUCUCACAGGGGAGAUAUGAACUGAUAGUAGAUAAAAGCAGACUUGGGAGUAUGGACGAUACCAAAGGAAAAGCAGAACAAACACAAGCAGAUGAAAAGAAGUUUUACUUCGGUGGCUCACCUAUCAGUCCCAAUUUUGCUAAUUUUACUGGCUGUAUAAGUAAUGCCUACUUUACCAGGCUGGACAGAGAUGUAGAGGUGGAAGAUUUCCAGCGGUAUUCUGAAAAGGUUCAUACUUCUCUCUUUGAGUGUCCCAUUGAGUCUUCACCUUUGUUUCUCCUUCACAAAAAGGGAAAGAAUUCCUCAAAAUCUAAAACAAGUCAGAAUAAAAAGGGAGUGAAAAGUAAAGAUGCACCUUCCUCGGAUCCUAUUGGCCUGAAGUUUCCAGAACAGAAUGCCCCCAGAGACUCUCAUUGCCACCUUUCCAGCAGGCCAAGAGCAAUAGAGCAUGCCUACCAGUAUGGAGGGACAGCAAACAGCCGCCAGGAGUUUGAACACUUAAGAGGAGAUUUUGGUGAAAAAUCUCAGUUUUCCAUUGGUCUCAAAACUCGGUCCUCCCAUGGGAUGAUUUUCUAUGUCUCAGAUCAAGAAGAGAAUGACUUCAUGACUCUAUUCUUAGCCCACGGUCGCUUGGUUUUCAUGUUUAAUGUUGGUCACAAGAAAUUGAAGAUUAGAAGCCAAGAGAAAUACAAUGAUGGAUUAUGGCAUGAUGUGAUAUUUAUUCGGGAAAAGAGCAGUGGCCGACUCAUAAUUGAUGGUCUUCGCGUUCUAGAAGAAAGUCUUCCUCCUACUGAAGCUGCCUGGAAGAUCAAGGGUCCUAUUUAUUUGGGAGGUGUGGCUCCUGGAAGGGCUGUGAAAAAUGUCCAGAUAAAUUCAGUCUACAGCUUCAGUGGCUGUCUCAGCAAUCUCCAGCUCAACGGUGCCUCCAUCACUUCCGCAGCUCAGACAUUUAGCGUGACUCCUUGUUUUGAAGGUCCGAUGGAAACAGGAACAUACUUUUCAACAGAAGGAGGAUACGUGGUUCUAGAUGAGUCUUUCAAUAUCGGAUUGAAAUUUGAGAUUGCAUUUGAAGUCCGUCCCAGAAGCAGUUCCGGAACCCUUGUUCAUGGCCACAGCGUCAACGGAGAAUACCUUAAUGUUCACAUAAAAAAUGGGCAGGUCAUUGUGAAAGUCAACAAUGGCAUCAGAGACUUUUCCACUUCAGUGACACCCAAGCAAAGUCUUUGUGACGGCAGAUGGCACAGAGUUACAGUUAUUAGAGAUGCAAACGUGGUUCAGUUGGAUGUAGACUCUGAAGUGAACCAUGUGGUUGGACCUCUGAAUCCCAAACCAGUUGAUCACAGGGAGCCUGUGUUUGUUGGCGGUGUUCCAGAGUCUCUGCUGACACCACGUUUGGCACCCAGCAAACCAUUCACAGGCUGCAUCCGUCACUUUGUGAUUGAUGGACGUCCAGUGAGCUUCAAUAAAGCAGCCCUUGUUAGCGGCGCUGUGAGCAUCAACUCCUGCCCUGCAGCCUGACACAGCAGAGCAAAGCUGCCCAAGUACAAAGUUCUUUAGAGCACUGAAAGAAACACAGAAUCAGCCAGGAGAACAGAAACUCUUCUCACUCUGUGGAAGUUUCCAUCUAGUUAAGCAGGACUUAAAUGAAUCAUCAGAACUGGAUGUUUAUUAUUUUUCAUUUGGAUUCUUACCUUGAAACCAACAUGUUUGCAGUGGAUAACAAGCAAAGGAAUGCUAAACUUACUUGUAUUGAGAGUAUACUUAUCCCUGCUGGUGAAAUUACUGUUCCUGUUUCUAAUAAAAUGGAAGGGAUUCUAAAUAAACACUGGCCCACAUUUUUCAAGUGUGGCUAGAUUCUCAGAUUCAUCUUUCUUUCAGAGAAGAUAACUUCCAAUCUGUACCAAAAUAUCUUUGACAUACCUUUCUUUAUCCUGAAGAGAUUUAUAAAUUUACAUAAAAUAUAAAAUUAGACAAUAGAUUUACUGUAUCACUUUUGUUUGGUGUACCAGUAAAACAAGAAAUUUUAGGUUUAUAGCAGCUAUCAAUAUUUUAUUAAAUUUCUAACAAGUUAUUAGAAAAUGGCAGUACAAUUUUUUAAAUGAGAAAAAAAUUAAACUACUAUUUUUCCUUACUUCUUUAAAAGAAAAAAAAUUAUGCAUGAGGAAAUUCUCCUAUAGGAUAUUAUUACUAUGGGUGCUGAACCAUGGAAGACAUUAUAGCAGACAAUAGUACAAAAUUUAAAAAAAAAAAUGAUUUCAAAGUAUAUAAGUCCUUUAUUUAAAAGUUUCCUCACAUACCUUCAAUACAAGUAGUUUUACUUCUAAAAAAUUAUAAUCUUUCUUAAGGUAUCAAUAUCAAUAAAGUCUAGAAAAAGAAAAAUGGGUUUGAAUAUCUGAUAGAAUAUUAAAAUCCAGAAACUGAGAGACUUAUACAUGAAAAAGAUAGUCAACAUUGAAUAUAGAAUGAGAGAAAAUAGGCCCACAUAUCAACAUCCUACCAUUCAAGGAGGCUGUUUUACCCCCUCCUUCUCAGAAGUGGUACAAAGUAAACUACGCCAGUCAAGCUGCAGACCCUACCUGGACCUCAGGAGAAGUGCACAUACAUUUACUUGCAUGUGCUUAUUGAAACCAAGGAAAUUCUUCUACCUUCUCAAUAAUUUUCAAGGACACUUCUUUGCAGAGUUAGGAUUUCAUAUUCUAAAGUUUAGCAAAAGAGAAUUUCCUGACACAUACCUAUUAACAACCACAAGGUUUCGAUUCUGAAACCUUGCAUUUACUAUUUCUAAAAACUUGAUUCAGUUUUCUUAGAUGGGGUCCCAUUUUCUCCCAGCUUCUGUCUGAGGAGAAAGAAGUAAUAUUUUUUUCUCUUUUAAAGGUAUAGUAAUCAGGACUUCAUAGAGAGAAAUGUGGAUUUAAUGCUACACACAGUAAUUUUGACUAUUUUUUCAUAGUCCCUGGCAAAUCAGUCUAUUAUCUGAUUUUGAAAGCUCCAACUUAAAAAAAUAACCAUAUUUGAACCAUGUCCCACCUGCUCUCAUUGCCACAGCUGAAUUGACAAGGGUCCCAUUCUAUAACUUCCCACUGAUGCAAACAUCUCAUUAACUAAUACAAAAAGGUAAGUUAAAACAAUUAUAUACUUUCUCUUGAAAUUUUGAAUUUGGAAAGAAUUUUACCCUUAGCAAUAGAAACUGAAACCAAAAUAAUUCUAUCUAAAAGUAUGAUUUUACAUGUUUACCAAACACAUUUAUAAAAAAUUAAAAAGAAAAAAAGAGUUUUCCACCUCAUAAACCUAAUACAUGAACCUGCUCUUUGUCUACCAAGAACCACCUCAAUUUUCAGUCCAGAGUUGUAAAGGGGGUAUCUCCAAAGACAUUGGGAUUUAUCUGUUCUGAAGGCUCCCAUUUGCUAAUAUGUAACAUGGUAGUAUAGGGUAUCCAGUUUCCCUAAAUUGGUAACUACAACCUGUAGCUGGGACCAUAAAAUAGUAAAAAUAUUACAUUUUAAGUUCACUGAACUUUGAUGUGUGGAACCAACCCAGAAAAGCCAUUUCAGCACAACCAACAAUGUAAAACCAAACACUACAUGGCAUGGAGGUGUAUGUACAAUAAAUAGUUGAGUGAAUUUCAGGAAGGCAGAGUUUCCAUAGGUUAUCUCUUCACCUCAUCUCUUAAGGGAAUCAUUUAUAAGCUGCAUAGGAGUCUCAGUAAUGGAAAAACUGAUAAUGACUUGUCCACUUGUCAUUAUCCACUGAGCCUCUGAGAUCUCUAAUUUGCCUAAGGGCAUGGGGGAAAGACAGAAGGGGUUUAAAAAAAAAAUAGAAACAAGAAGCAUUCCCCCAAGUCUUAAGUAACCUUUCUAGUCCUGAAAAGUAAAGAAGAUUGGCUACCACAGAUAAGGCUGCUCAGCUUGUAAACUUCACAACACCAAAGGAAACUAUUUCUAAGAAACACUGCUAGGGAGGAGAAUGGGACAGGUAGAGAAUGAGAUUAGGUAAUAAAAACCUGAUAUGAUCUGCCAAAACACAUAGAGAGGCACAAGAAGAAUGAAAGAUGACCUGCCAGUCAGAAUAGCAGUUGACUCUCUCAAGAAGCUCCUGAAGUGUAGUAUCAGUGACAAGUCAGCAUUGAAUACUUGGCUAGCCCGGUCAGACCAUAGUGAGUUUACAAUGAACUACAUCAGCAGUCUCAACAGAACAUAUUUUUAAAUUAUGUCUAAAACUGGCUGAUCACCUACUUUGUUAAAUUUAUUUCCAGGUAUUUCGUUCCCCUUGAUAGGAUUAUAAAUAGAAUUGUUUUUCUUGAUUUAUUUCUCUCUAAUUCAGUUUGUGUAUAGUAACCUAGCAGAUUUUUGUGUAUUGAUUUUGCAAACUGCCAGUUCACUAUACUGAUUGUAAUAGUUUUUUAGUGGAGUCUUGAAAUUUCUGUUAUCAUGUCCUCUGUAAAUAGUGAUAGCUUUAUUCUUCUCAAUUUGGAUUCCUUUUAUAUCUUUCUGUUGCCCUAUUUCCCUAGCUAGGAUUUCCAACACUAUGUUGAAUAGUAAUGGUGUGAGAAUGGACAUCCUUAUCUUUACCUCCCUUACAGGAAAAGCUUUGUUUAUUACCGUUGAGUGAUAGCUAAGGUUUUUGUUAAAAAUGGCUUUUAUUAUGGUGAGGUAUGUUCCCUUUAUUUUCAUUUCUGAGGUUUUUAUCAAAAAUGGAUGUUAAAUCUUGUCUAAUGCCUUUUCUUAACUAUUGACAUGAUAAUGGUUCGAUCUUUCCUGUUGUUGAUGUGGUGAAUUACAAUGAUUGUGUAUAUUGAACAAUCUUUGCAUCUGUUGACUAAUAGAUCCCCUUAAUCAUAAUGAUCUUUUAAAUGUAUUGUUGAAUGCAGAACCCUAAGAUUUUAUUGAGCAUUUUUGCAUCAGGGAUAUUAAUCCACAGUUUUGAUUUUUUGUUGUUGUUGUUUUUUUUUUGUGAUGCCCUUGUUUCCAUUUGGUAUCAAAGUAAUAGUGAGAAGGUAUUGGUCAUCAUUGGCUUGGUAAAACUUACUAGUAAAAUUAUCUUGUAGUGGGCUUUUAUGGGGGGGAGGUGCACUUUUGAUUACUGAUCCACUCGAUUGUUAUUGGCUUGUUCAGGCUUUCUAUUUCUACCUGAUUUAGGUUUAGAACCUGAUUUAGGUUUCCAAAUAUUUGUCCAUUUCUUCUAGUUUAUCCAGUCUAUCAGCAUAAAGAUAUUCAUAGUAGUCACUUAUGGCCCCCUGUAUUUCUAAAAUGUCUGUUCUAACUUCUCUAUCAUUUAUUUCUGUUUAUUAGAAUUUUCUUUUUAUCUUAGUGAGUGUAGCUAGUGGUUUUAUCUUUUA